CCCUUUUCAGAUCAUACACGCGGUGGGAUCUUAGCAGAGUAACCACCGCAAUAGAUUUGAUCUCGUCCGUCCCAGUGCUACUGGGCCGAACAUCACUAGACGGUGCGGAUCAAUUCGUGAUCUUCUUCUUCCUCUAUCAACCUUCUUCAAACAAUAAUUCCCUUUCAGAAUCUCCCACACUCACAGUUUCCUUCUCAAAAUUCGAGAGAGAGACAGAGAGAUAGAAAUGGCGGACGUAGAAGAAGCAGAGCUCAGUGACAAGCAGAAAAAAGAGAUAGCGAAAUGGUUCCUUCUCAACUCUCCUGCCGGUGAAAUCCAAUACGUUUCUAAAGAUGUGAAAGCGAUACUGAACGAUGAAGAAUUGUACAAUGAGGCGGCUUCCGAGGCCUUUCCCUUUUACAAUAAAUCCCAAAUGAUUUGCCUCGAAAUGCCUGGCCGAAUCGGCGAUGUGCUGGUUACUUCAUUUGGCGAGCUCAAGGAGAAUGAGUUUCUUGAUCUUAGGACUGCUCAAGUUGCCAUAGUUGAUCACAUUAAACAAGUUUGUACAGGGGUGAGACCUGCUCUGGAUGAUGAACUUCCAUCCCCAUAUGUAGAGGAAUUCAGAUGUGCUCUGGAUGCCGAAAUACUGAAAUAUGUUGGUGAAGCUUAUCCAAAAGGUGUCUGCUCAGUCUACUGUACAAAAGGAAAAGAUGUGGAGGGCCCAGGUUCUGAUUUUGAUCUUGUAGUGGUGAUUUCUGCUGCCAGACUGAGUCCACAGAAUUUCUGCAAUGGAAGUUGGCGUUCAGUAUGGAAUAUUGAGUUCAAGGAUGUUGAACAAAUACUGGAACUGAGAGGCAAAUUGCAGGUGGGUGCCCAUUAUUUUGAAGAGGGAAAUGUGCAGUUAGAUGCAAAACAUGAAUGCAAAGACACGACAGUAUUUCAGUCUCCCGAUGACUGUGCAAUUACCAUAGCUAGCAUUAUUCGCCACCAUGAGACAGAGUACUUGGCAUCUCUUGAGGCAUCCUAUUCAAAUUUGCCAGAUACCACUUUCAAGGAUCUCCGGAGGAAGCUUCCGGUUACUCGAACCCUAUUUCCAUGGCAUAACACGUUGCAAUUUAAUCUCACAAGAGACAUUACAAAAGAACUUGGCAUUGGAAAGUGAAUACACUAAACCGAAAUCAAGACCAAUGUUUGCUGAAGGUGUGUGAGAGAGAGAGAUUUCCAAUGACUUACUACCCGUAACCCUAUAUAUUUCAAGUAUGUGAAUCCUCUUUAGAGUUGGCCACCUUUGCAGGAAAUGUUCUGUGCCAUUAGAGUUUCUCUCCUCAGUUUUAUGGCAUUGUACUAUACUGUUGAUUCCAAGAUGUGUAUAAUAGCAGGAAAGGAUUGUGGUUUAUUUCCA